AUGCUAAAAAUGAAAACCGGAAACCCCGAACGGAAGUUGAAAUAUCUUCUGGAGACGGUCAGCCAAUCAUGUAGCAGAUAUUUGACCCUGAUUUCGACCAAGGUCGUGGCAACGACGAUGAAGACACGUCUGGACAGGGAGCGUCUGAAGAUGUGUCGUGGCCAAGUGGAAAACGUGGCCAGCGUGAUUCGCCUACUGAGGCCAACGAUCAACCAGGCCAAUGUCAAGGACAAGUUAAAAAUAGUUCACAAUAUGUUAAUGAAGUUGAAGAAGGUCAGGUCCGACCCCCAGCACUCGCUCCCCGAUGUCUUCAUCUGGAUGGUACAAAAUAAAAAAAGAAUCGCCUACCACCGGCUGACCGCCAGCAGCCUCAUCUACUCCACACUGGAUGACGAAAAGGGGGCGAACUGUGGCAGACUUCAGACGCUCGUCAUGAAAACCCCGCAGAAGAAGGGCUCAAGUUACUGGACGACGCAGGCCCGCCUGUCUGUCUACCUGUGGUUGGGUGCGGUGAAACACCGCAAGAAGGUUUUCGAGGGCCUUCCAUCUGGCUACCAGACUAGCAACCUCAUCAGAAAUAUCGCCAAACCAGACUCGAAACCGCCAAGUAUUAUCAAGUACACAGACAGCCAAAACUACCAACUGCGAGCCUACAUGUACCAGGCCCGCGGCCUCAUCGGGUCGGACGACACUGGACUCUCCGACCCCUUCGCGCGCGUCGUCUUUGGCCACGAAAGUUCGGUCACCAGGGUCAUUGACGAAACACUAAAUCCCAGCUGGGACGAGAUGUUAAUUUUCAGAGAUGUGCGAAUUUUUUCGAGCUUUGAUGACGUCAUGAAGAUGCCGCCGGAAGUAGUUGUGGAGAUAUUCGAUAGGGAUCGAGUGGGCAAGUCAGAGUUCAUAGGUCAUUCAGUGGCAUACCCUGUGGUUAAAGGUUACAGACAAAAGUAUGAACCCCCGAAAUUUCCGGCUAAACUAUGUUGGCACGAUGUGUACAGGGGGGCAGAGAGGGCGGGGGAGCUGCUUGCUGCCUUCGAACUGUUGCAGUUAGCCCCACACGGAGAGUCCAGUUGCGAUGACCUUCCCCCGUGUGACCUUCCAAUCGUCCUUGACCCCUCAAGGUCAUCCAGCAUGCCUGUACCUCGUGGCAUUCGCCCUACUCUGAGUACGCACCGAAUCGAGGUCUUAUUCUGGGGCGUGAGGGACAUGAAAAGGGUGCAGUUCAUGGCAGUCGAGAAGCCGCGGGUGGACGUGGAAUGUUCUGGGAAGAUCAUUUCAUCAUCCAUCAUUCGCAGCUGCAGAAGGAAUCCCAACUUCUCGGCGCCGAUCAAAUACGUAGACGUCGACCUACCUGACAACGACCUCUACUGCCCCCCGAUCACAAUCCGCUGCUUCGAUUGUAGAAACUUCGGAAGAUUCGUCCUAGUUGGCAAUCACGUGAUCGACAACAUUCGCACCUUCAUUUACAGUCCAGCGGUCAAAAAGGAUCCAACCCACGAAACGAAAAAACUGAAAGACUCCGACGUAAAACAAACGUCAUCAUCAUCAUCAUCGUCAGCAACAAAAACAUUUAAAAAACCACAACAACAACAACAACCGCAACAAUCAUCAUCAAAACGCAAAAGAUCCUCCACCCAUUCAUCAGACGACGAAACUGAACUGGAGGGUCUUGAUUGGUGGACCAAGUACCACGCUUCUGUCUUAUCUCUGGCGACAACAAACGCCACAAAACUGACCUCCAACAACUACCUCGAAAUAACCGGCUGCCACUCUUUUUUAACUCCCGAUAAAACGAACACUGCAGCCAAUGCCGCUACUUCGCCCACUUCAGUUAGUAAGUCGACGUCUCUGAAGCUGUCGAAAGCGGCUAAUUUAGUGGCGAAGUUGUCGCCGAAGUCGCAGAAACGAAAAGAGGAGAAGAAAAUUAAUUGGGCCAAGUUGAAGAUCUACCACAGCGACUUGGAAUCGGAGUUCAACGGCUUCAAGGAGUGGCUGCACACGUACGACCUCUACAGGGGCAAGAAGACCAACGACGCCGAUGAUGAUGAUAGUCGCGUGGUCGGGAAGUUCAAGGGAGCCAUAGUAAUUUACAAACACCCGUUGCCAAAUGACAUUGAAGAGGACGGGGGAGCGCCUAGUAAUUCUUUGUUUCAGUGUCUUCCCUCCAAUGAGCCCUUGCACGUUCUAGUGAGGGUUUACGUUGUCAAGGCCAUUGACCUUCACCCCGCCGACAUCAACGGCAAGGCCGAUCCAUAUAUCGUCAUAAAAUUAGGUCAGACGACCAUAAAUGAUAAGGAGAAUUAUAUUUCAAAACAGUUGAACCCUGUCUUUGGAAAAUGUUUCGAAGUGGAGGCCAUCUUUCCCCAGGACUCCCUUUUGAGGGUGCAGGUGUACGACUGGGACCUGAUAGGGGCCGAUGACAUCAUAGGUUGGGAGACAGUAAUUGAUUUAGAGAACCGCUACUUCAGCAGGCACCGUGCAACGUGUGGAUUAGCCCUGCAGUACGAUGCGGAGGGGUACAACGCAUGGAGGGACCCGAUGAAACCGACGGCCAUCCUGUCCAAACUCUGCAAGGAUUACAAACUCGAUGGCCCAUACUAUCAGCCAGGUCGUGUGCGCAUAAGCAACAUGGUCUUCAAUGUCCCCGCAGUCUUUGAAAACGAAAAAGGUUAUUGUGUAAAGACGAAGUCCUCCGAUGAAUCGCUGGCACUGACUGUGCUGCACAACUGGGAGAAGAUGCCAAAAGUUGGAUGUAAGCUGGUGGCCGAACAUGUCGAAAAGAGAGCGCUAUAUCAUCCGGAUAAACCAGGGAUGGAACAGGGCAAGUUGGAGAUGUGGGUGGACAUGUUCCCCAUCGACAUGCCCGCUCCUGGCCCACCUGUCGACAUCUCACCGAGAAAGCCGAAAAGUUACGAACUCAGAGUGAUAAUAUGGAACACCGACGACGUGGUGUUGGAGGACGAUGCCUUCUUCACCGGCGAGAAGAUGAGCGACAUCUAUGUCAAGGGUUGGAUUAAAGGCACGGAAGACAUGCAGUCUUUAACUGGCGAGGGCAAUUUUAAUUGGCGCUUCAUAUUCCCCUUCGAAUAUUUGGUGGCGGAAGAGAAGGUGGUGAUGAGUCGAAAGGAUACGGUUUUCUCCUGGGACGAGACCGAAACCAAAAUACCGGCCCGCCUGAAUCUACAAGUAUGGGACGCCGAUCAUUUUUCUGCAGACGACUUUCUAGGGGCUAUGACCUUUGAACUGACCCAGUUUCCAAGAGGGGCCAAAUCAUCGAAACAAUGUACACUUGAUAUGCUGAAAACCGACGGCUCGGUACCCCAAAUCAACCUUUUCAAGCACAAACGGGUCAAGGGGUGGUGGCCCUUCUACGUGAAGGUCAGCGGGGAAGAGAUGGAACUCACGGGCAAAGUAGAGGCAGAGUUGCACCUGCUGACGUCAGAGGAGGUAGAAAAGCAUCCAGCAGGUCAAGGUCGAAGUGAGCCCGACCCUCUCGAGAAACCUAAUCGGCCAGACACGUCGUUCGUCUGGUUCUUGAACCCGAUUAAAUCCCUGAAGUACAUUCUGUGGCACAACUACCGCUGGCUUGUCCUCAAGGUCCUCUUCAUCAUCCUCCUCUCACUCCUGUUCAUUCUCUUCUUCUACAGCCUUCCUGGCUAUACUGUUAAGAAGAUGCUGGGGGCUUGA